UAAGUACAUCUAUUCGUUGUCAAUAUCGCUGUAUGUUGAAACACCCAAACUCCAACUCACAAUUUAUAAGUAUAACUAUUAUAGCAGUUUAGCUACGACCGCCUCCGGUGCAUCUGGUCCAUGAGUCGACGUCGAGGAUUUCAGCCAACAAUUCGCUCGAUCCUUUCUCGAAUAGCUGUCUUGCAAGCGUGCUCGUAGCACCACCCCUUCGCAUCUUUCAGAAUCGAAAUAAUUCAGUUGACUACAUGCAUCCACACACUGUUGAAGUGGAUAAGCCACGAUCCCGGUAUAAUCACUUCCUGGUGAAUCCUUGCCAGCAAUGCACGCGUACUCGGUCUCAUUGACGGAAUUCAGUCGAUUAUUAGGAGGACACGUGAUAUCGAUAAGCGGCACCUCUUGAGGUGGGAGUGGAGUAUAUCGCGCAGAUUGCGAAGUUGACGAGGGAGACGCUGAUACCGUCACUGUCGCAACAGAAGACGGGUUAGGAGAGGCCGAUUCAGCAGCUUUCUCAUGCUCGAACCUAUCAUUGAACAGAAGAGACCAUUCGACCCAAUCACACCCCCAACUACUGAAACUACGAAAACCACAAUAAUCACCGCAAAUGCGAUCAAGCGAUUCCGUCUUGCAGACUUCAAGUUCUCCCGAAUAACUGCUGGUGCUUUUCCUAAAGCUGCUGGUAUCCCUCUAACAUACUCCCGCAGUUUUCGCGCUACACGGAACGGAAGCGCAUUGGAUCUGGGCGAGGAGUCCGUGUGUGUGAAGGUCGUUUGUAAUUCAUCGGCGUUGUAGUGUUUUCGCUCGUGAGUAACGAGCUCGGGCGCAUCGGCCAU